AUUGGAGAUUGGGUGGGGAGAAAGAAAGAAAUGAGUACACAACAUUCUGGGUUUGGGAUCCCGAUCCAUACUCCCACCUUCCGCGCAGCAAUCCAAUUCAACCAAUUUCAACACUCAAUCGGUUUCCGCCCAAACUCGAGCUACAGCAGGAAUAUGCUGUAACUCCAUGAAGGUGCUUUCUAAUUAGCAUAUGGAAUGUGUUUUUGCUUGCCUUAAAAGAGGGAGGAUCACAGUAGAGAAGUUAAUAUACCAGUUUCAAAGAGCUUUGAACAACUGCAGCUCUUGCCUAAAGUUUAUAUAGAACUUUUCUCCAUUGUCCAUACCACUAAUUAGAUUUGAAUGAAGAAGAAUUUUGGAGCAUGAUUGCAAAGGAAAACCCAGUAGGUACUGAACUGGCAAUGAAUAAUGCCAGUGGGGAAGAGGAAAUAGAAUAUGCCUGUGAACCAUACAUAGGGCUAGAAUUUGACUCAGCAGAUGAUGCGCUUAAGUUUUACACAUCCUAUGCAAAGCGAACUGGAUUUAAAGUUCGGAUUGGUCAGCUGUAUCGAUCAAGAACUAAUGGGUCGGUUUCUUCUCGAAGAUUCGUGUGCUCAAAGGAGGGUUACCAGCUCAAUUCAAGAACAGGUUGUCCAGCAUUUGUAAGGGUACAAAGACGUGAAUCUGGAAAGUGGGUUAUUGAUCAUUUCCUGAAGGGCCACAAUCACGAUCUUGUAGCGGAAAGUGAAAAUUGCACUCCAACUUUGCAGCAGAAAGGUGCUACAGAUAUCAAUUAUUCUGUUAAUGCAUCUCGCAGGCAAAGGAAGAAAUUGCUUGAAGAAGCCGACGAUGAACCAUCUUGUCCCUUUGGCAUUAUUAAUUUCAAACGUCUAAGAAAAGAAGGAGACCAAGGAAAGUCCAGGAUUGAACCAUAUGUAGGUCAAGUGUUUAGUUCAGCUAAUGAAGCCUACCAAUUUUAUCAUGCAUAUGCAGCAUGUGUGGGUUUUGGUAUUCGAUUUGGUCAAUUGUUUCGUUCUAAGAAUGAUGGGUUGAUCACUUCCCGCCGAUUUGUGUGCUCGAAGGAAGGGUUCCAGCACCCUUCAAGAGUUGGUUGUGGGACUUAUUUGAGAAUAAAGAGACAACCAUCAGGAAAGUGGGUAGUGGACCGUCUCCAAAAAGAACAUAAUCAUAAUCUGGACCCUGAAAAGGAGGGUAGGGAAAAAAGUCUUCCCGCUUCUAAUAUUUUGAGUGAGGAGGUAGAUGCUGGAUUGUUAAACGGUAAAUUGUUUCGGAUAGAUAACUACCCUGUCCCAAGAGUAGAUAGACAAAAUCACAUUAAAAGUGAUUGGUACACUCUGCUUUUUGAAUAUUUUCAAUCAAGACAAGUUGAAGAUACAGGAUUCUUUUAUGCUGUGGAAGUUGAUAAUGGUAAAUGCAUGAGCAUAUUUUGGGCUGAUGGCAGAUCUAGAUUUUCAUGUAGUCAGUUCGGUGAUGUCCUUGUUUUAGACACGUUUUAUCGAAAAAGUGUCUAUUUGGUACCUUUUGCUACUUUUGUUGGCAUUAACCAUCACAAGCAACCUGUGCUUCUUGGAUGUGCUCUAAUUGCUGAUGAAUCUGAAGAAUCUUUCACCUGGUUGUUUCGGACCUGGCUGAGGGCAACGUGUGGCCAGCAGCCUCUGUCAAUAAUAGCUGAUCAAGACAUUGCAAUCCAGAAGGCAAUAGCAAAAGUCUUUCCAGCAACCCAUCAUCGAUUUUCGUUGUGGGAAAUUAAGGCAAAGGAACAAGAGAAUGUGGGUCUGAUGGGUAAUGGAUUUUCAAAUGAUUUUGAAAAAAGCAUUUACCAGAGUCAGACAGUUAAUGAAUUUGACACCGCAUGGAAUGCCCUGCUCAACAAGUAUGGAUUGAAGGAUAAUGCUUGGCUGAAAGAAAUGUAUGAGAAGCGUGCGUCUUGGGUUCCAUUUUAUUUAAGGGGCACUUUUUUUGCUGGGAUUCCCAUCAAUGAAAGUGUCGAUUCAUUCUUUGGUGCACUUUUAAAUGCCCAGACUCCUAUCGUGGAGUUCAUUUCACGGUAUGAAAGAGGUCUUGAGCGACGCCGUGAGGAAGAAAGAAAAGAAGAUUUUAAUACCUCCAAUUUUCAACCCAUGUUGCAAACAAAAGAACCAGUAGAAGAACAAUGUAGAAGGCUUUACACUCUUACCAUAUUCAAAGUAUUUCAGAAAGAGCUUUUGCAAUGUUAUAGUUAUCUUGGGUUUAAAAUUUACGAAGAAGGUGGCCUUAGCAGAUAUUUGGUGCGUAGGUGUGGAAACGAUAUGGAGAAGCAUGUAGUUACAUUUAGUGUGUCCAAUCUAAGCAUUAGUUGUAGCUGUCAGAUGUUUGAAUAUGAAGGAAUUCUUUGUAGACAUGCUUUGAGGGUUUUUCAAAUAUUGGAAUUAAGAGAAGUUCCAUCUCGCUACAUCUUGCACCGAUGGACAAAAAAUGCAGACGAUGGUGUUUUUCCUGACAUUGAAGCCUGGAGUAGCUCUCAGGAACUCAGGAAUUUGAUGCUAUGGAGUCUAAGAGAAACUGCAUCUAAAUACAUAGAUGCUGGGGCAACAUCUAUUGAAAAGUACAAACUUGCCUGCGAGAUUUUGCGUGAGGGUGGGAGGAAGCUAUGUUGGCCCAGGUAGACCGCGCCAAUGGAAUGGAUGAUAGCUAGUCAACAAAAAGCCACAAACUCUAGUAAAGCUGCAGUCAAAAUUUUGCUUAUCUGAUUAGGGAGUAGUUUUCAGGUACCG